AUGGAUUUAGAGCAGGAAGACCAUGUCUUUCGUAGAUCAUCGACCACUGACAAAAUCACUGAGGCAUUAGAUGAAAAAACAGAAUGCAAAUGUGGUUACACUUUACAUUCGUACUGCCUCUGCUGGGAAUACCUCCGUUGUUGCCAUUCACUUGACCAGGAGAAGGCCUAUGAUACCACUUGCAGAAGCAAUUUUUAUCCCGGCUACAUUCUUUUGGCCUUCGUGCCAAGCUCCCGCUCUUUCUUCAAAGCUUCCUCUCUCUCGUCGUUCGCUUACAGGGGCCCUCCACCUGGGGGCCCUCCACCUGGGGGCCCUCCACCUGGGGGCCCUCCACCUGGGGACCCUCCACCUGGGGACCCUCCACCUGGGGACCCUCCACCUGGGGGCCCUCCACCUGGGGGCCCUCCACCUGGGGCUUUCCACCUGGGGGCCCUCCACCUGGGGGCCCUCCACCUGGGGGCCCUCCACCUGGGACCCUCCACCUGGGGGCCCUCCACCUGGGGCCCUCCACCUGGGGGCCCUCCACCUGGGGGCCCUCCACCUGGGGACCCUCCACCUGGGGGCCCUCCACCUGGGGACCCUACACCAGGGGGCCCUACACCUGGGGGCCCUCCACCUGGGGCCCUCCACCUGGGGGCCCUCCACCUGGGGGCCCUACACCUGGGGCCCUCCACCUGGGGGCCCUCCACCUGGGGCCCUCCACCUGGGGACCCUCCACCUGGGGGCUCUCCACCUGGGGCCCUCCACCUGGGGCCCUCCACCUGGGACCCUCCACCUGGGGACCCUCCACCUGGGGGCCCUCCACCUGGGGCUCUCCACCUGGGGACCCUCCACCUGGGGACCCUCCACCUGGGGACCCUCCACCUGGGGACCCUCCACCUGGGGACCCUACACCUGGGGGCCCUACACCUGGGGGCCCUACACCUGGGGGCCCUACACCAGGGGGCCCUACACCUGGGGCUCUCCACCUGGGGGCCCUACACCUGGGGGCCCUACACCUGGGGGCCCUACACCAGGGGGCCCUACACCUGGGGGCCCUACACCUGGGGACCCUGGGGACCCUACACCUGGGGGCCCUACACCUGGGGCCCUACACCUGGGGGCUCUCCACCUGGGGGCCCUCCACCUGGGGGCCCUCCACCUGGGGCCCUCCACCUGCCGUAA